AUGAACAGCAAUUGGAUAUACGAGGAAUCAGGAGAAGUUCAGGAGAUUGAAAAACUGUGCUGGUUGGUAGGUACCAAGCUUGCUGUUUGGAGGGUCGAAACGCGCUUGGCCCUUUGUAUUGGCCCGAGGCGAGUCAGCACGCACUGUGGCACGAUUCGGUUCCCCAAGGGUGGAUCUGAUGAAAAGUCUGCUUACCCAGAAUACCCAGGUAGGCUGCAUUGUACAACUAAAAGCAGCCCGGGGGGGAGGGGGGGUGGUGGUGGUGAUGAUGAUGAUGAUGAUGAUGAUGAUGAUGAAGCUGACGAUGACGAUGAUGGAGAAGGGGAUAUGCUACUAAGCAGCUAG